GCUAGCCCUUCAUCAGCAGCGGAUGCCACCAAUAAACAAGUCCACACAUUAGAAGGUCUUAAUCUGACAGUCCAAGUUCAAAAUAACUAAACAUCUCAUCAUUAGCAUUUAAUAUGGCAGAAGCACUUUCAGAUUCCGAUUUUUCCGAUAAUGAGCAAACUCCUUUAGAUGUAGAAUUCAACACAGCAGCUAACCAUUUACGUAAGAUCACCAACAAGUUGGACAACAAUCAGCUUCUUGAAUUGUAUGGAUUAUUUAAACAAGGGAUAGAUGGCAAGUGUAAUACUCCAAAACCAGGUUGGUUAGAUAGCCGUGGUCGUAGAAAAUGGGAAGCCUGGAAGGCACUAGGAGACAUGCCCAAAGAAAUAGCAAAACAAAAUUAUAUUGAUUUCGUGCAGAAAUAUGAUCCAAAUUGGUUAGAGUUAUCGGGCUGUAGAGAGACUGGUGUCACAGAAGCGUGGGUAGCAGUCUCAUCAUUGCAAUAUUCUCCAGAACCUGAACUGAUACAUGAUGAAUUGUCAAUACUCGAAGCCGCAAGGGAGGACUGUGAAGUUCGUAUUGCAAAGCUGUUGGCUUCAAACCCCGAGUUAAAACAUGAAAGGGAUGAUAAUGGACUAACAGCUUUACACUGGGCUGCUGAUAGAGACUCUACAAAAGCUCUUGAAGCUUUAAUUGAAAGAGGAUGCCUAAUUGAUGCAGUUGAUGAUUGUGGUCAAACAGCUUUACAUUAUGCUGCCUCCUGUGGUCACAUAAGGUCUACUCAAAUAUUAAUUAAAGCUGGAGCAACUUUAAAGAAGGAUGACGAUGACUGUACCCCCCUAGAUGUUGCUGCUGAUGAUGACAUAAAGAUGAUUUUGGAAGGUGCUAUGUAAAAACUCGGAAUAAUAAUUCUAGUGUCAGUUUUAUUUAGAAGUAAUAUUGAGUUCUAUUGUAGUGUGUAUUAAAUACAAAUUGGAAUUAUUUCCUAC